UAAAUUAACUUAGGAUAAAAUUAUCCUAGUGACAAUCACAUAUAUAACAAAUCUCUCGUAUACAUAAAAUAUAUAAAUACAUAUACAUACAUUUAUAAUAUUUAAAAAAAACAUUAAAUACAAAUCAAUUGCAUUAUUUAUUAAUAAUUGUACAUUUUAAUAAUGGUUAAGUGCGUGUGUAUACUUGUGAACAAACAGUGAGCUAUUCGAAAUAUAACAACGUUGAGAAUUUGGAGUUCAGUGUUCAUAAAAGGAGUGGUACGUGUGUAAUUAUUCCAUAAAAAAUGUCUGCGAAUUCUUUGGGUGGUGCUGAUAUGUCUCUUCCCUCUGAGAUCAGGGAGAAGUUGGCUGAACUUGAUUUGGAAUUAUCAGAAGGAGAUAUUACCCAAAAAGGAUAUGAAAAGAAAAGGGCAAAAUUGCUACAACCCUUUUUGUCCAAGUUAAGUGAAGUCGAUGAAAAUCCAAAUAAGGCAUCACCACCUUAUUAUAAUCUUAAAGAAACAAAUUUGGAAAAUAAUAAGGUUGUUCGCGAUGGUGCUUUAAUUUCAAAUGAAGGUUACAGUUAUGUGUCAGAGGUGCCAUCUCUUCCAUCUUCUCACCAAAGACAUUCCAAUUUGUCAAAAAAAUCGGAUUACUAUCAGCCGGAUGACAAUGAGGCUGAACAUGGCUAUGAAAAUAGUCGCAUACGUAGAACUCAUCGAAAAAUAACGCACAAUGAAAAGAGAUAUCAUUCAGAAGUUCGCCAGGAAGCAGUUCAACAAGCACUCGCUGCAUUGAAAUCUAGAUCUAAGCCAAAUUUACCAAUGCCAUCUAAAAGAAGUUCAGUUCUUAAUAAAAGCCCUGAACGACCCAAUGAGGAUACAGAGUCUUCUACUGGCGAUGAAUCUAUUCCAGAAGAGGUAAUAUCUCCAGAUAAAGAAUAUAAUUAUCCUCGAGAUCAUGUUGGAAACAUGGUUGAACAAAAUAUACGACCACCAGUACGGGAAUCUUCAAAAGGAAUAGCUUCCAGUAAAAAUAGUCAACAUGAACGUAGACAAAAACAGGCCUUGCCACCAUUGCCCACAUCGGAUGUAACAUGUAUGGAAACUUCAAUGUCCGGAUUUCGGAAAGAUAAUUGUGACUACUUGGACAACAUGGACCCUCCAAAGUCUUAUGCUGCUCCAGAUAUAACACAGUUUAACAAUACUCGUCGAGCUGCGGAUCGGGUAACUCGAUAUGUCAAUAUAUCUCAAACUGAUGUCAAUGAAGACGGCAAUGGGAAAUGGAAAGUUUCAGCUAAAAUUCAACAAUUGCUCAACACACUUAAACGACCCAAACGACGGCCACUUCCUGAAUUUUAUGAAGACAAUGACAUCGAACUUGAAAUAGCCGCAAAUCCUAAAGAUCCAAAUGCCCCAAAACCAGAAGGUAGUACAAUGAGUUCUGUCCAAGGCGAACAGUUAUCAGUGUCAGCAAGUUUGCCUCGUUCUCUAGAGGCAGCAGUCCAACGCUUUGGCAUAAACUCCUUUAAGUCUCCUAUGGCUACCGUUGUUGAUCCCAAUGGAAAGAUAACGACUACAUUAACAUAUGGCAAACUUUUAUCUAGAGCUCAAAAGAUUGCAUAUGCUUUGUCGACGAAAAUAUUCAGUAAAGGUCCUGAACAAGUGACUUUAAAGCCCGGUGACAGAGUUGCUCUGGUGUAUCCUAAUAAUGAUCCAUUAAGUUUUAUAACAGCAUGGUACGGUUGCAUGUUUCGGGGACUAGUUCCACUUCCCAUUGAACUACCAUUAUCAAGUUCAGAUACCCCACCGCAACAAGUCGGAUUUCUUUUAAGUUCAUGUGGUAUUACUGUGGCCCUAACUUCGGAAGCAUGCUUAAAAGGUCUACCCAAAUCAAGUACCGGAGAAAUAGCUAAACUUAAAGGAUGGCCUCGUUUGCAGUGGUUUGUUACAGAGCAUUUACCGAAGCCGCCAAAAGAUUUUACUGUUGGAAACAUGCGUGUAGAAGACACUGCGACUGCAUACAUAGAGUAUACCACUGAUAAGGAAGGGAGUGUUAUGGGCGUAAGCGUUACAAGAUUGGCGAUGAUGAAUCACUGCCGAGCUCUCACCAUGGCAUGUCAUUACACAGAAGGUGAAACAAUGGUAUGUGUUUUAGAUUUUAAACGUGAAGUUGGUCUUUGGCAUGCUGUUUUUACAUCAGUUUUAAAUGGAAUGCAUGUAUUGUUUAUACCGUACGCAUUAAUGAAACUUAGACCAUCCUCGUGGAUGCAAUUAAUUACAAAGCAUAGAGCCUCAUGCUGUCUAGUCAAAAGCAGAGAUUUACAUUGGGGUCUCUUGGCAACGAAAGAUCACAAGGAUAUAUCGCUAUCAUCACUGCGAAUGCUUCUUGUUGCUGAUGGGGCAAACCCUUGGUCUCUGUCGUCGUGUGAUCAGUUUUUAAAUGUUUUCCAAACAAAAGGUUUGAGAGCAGAUGCCAUUUGUCCUUGUGCUAGUAGUUCAGAAGUAUUUACGGUGUCUCUUCGUCGGCCUGGGAGGUCUUCAAGUGGAUUUAAUCAGUCGGCAACUGGAAGGGGUGUACUUUCUAUGGCAGCUUUGUCGCACGGAGUGGUCCGAGUGGAUAGUGAGGAUUCCUUGACAUCUCUAACACUGCAGGAUUGUGGACAAGUAAUGCCUACAGCAACUAUGGUAGUGGUGCGAUCUGAUGGAAAUCCUGUUCUUUGUAAAACAGAUCAGGUUGGGGAAAUAUGUGUUACGAGCGGAUCAACAGGCACUAGCUACUUCGGUUUAGAAGGAUUAACAAAUGCCACAUUCAAGGUGCAGCCACUUAUAGAUGAACCUGAACCCGAAAAGGAUGGUGUCGUUGGUAAAAUUAAACCAAUCAGUGAAGAUUAUUAUGUUCGUUCGGGUCUCUUAGGAUUUUUGGGACCGGGUGGUCUUGUGUUCGUUUGUGGAUCUCGUGAUGGGUUGAUGACGGUAACUGGACGUAAGCACAAUGCUGACGAUAUAAUUGCAACUGUUUUGGCUGUAGAACCAAUGCGCUUUAUAUAUAGAGGAAGAAUAGCAGUGUUUAGCAUCAAAGUAUUAAGAGAUGAACGAGUUUGCGUAAUAGCAGAACAACGACCCGACUGUUCAGAAGAGGAAAGUUUUCAAUGGAUGUCUAGAGUUUUACAGGCAGUGGACUCAAUACAUCAAGUUGGCAUAUAUUGUUUAGCACUGGUUCCUCCCAAUCACUUGCCUAAGACCCCACUAGGCGGAAUAAAUCUUUGUGAGGCACGACGAAGGUUUUUAGAUGGUACUUUGCAUCCCGCAAACGUUCUGAUGUGCCCACAUACGUGUGUAACAAAUUUGCCCAAACCUAGAGAAAUUCAUCAAGGUGUGCAAUCUACCGCAAAACUAAGUUCAUCUGGAUGUGGUAUUACAGACACUUCCGUGGGACCUGCUUCAGUCAUGGUUGGAAAUUUAGUGCAAGGAAACCGACUUGCUAUUGCUCAUGGACGUGAUCUUGGAUUAUCAGAGGAUAACGAAAGAAAGCAUCAACUGAUUACUAGUGUUUUACGGUGGAGAGCGACUACCUCACCAGAUCAUGUUUUGUUCACUCUCUUAAAUUCCAAAGGUUCAAUCGCAAAAACGCUUACAUGUUCAGAAUUGCAUAAGCGGGCAGAAAAAAUAGCAGCUCUUUUGCAAGAAAAAGGGAAAAUUGAACCAAAUGAUCAUGUUGCACUGAUUUUUCCUCCAGGAUUGGAUUUACUGUGCGCGUUUUAUGGAUGUCUUUAUUUAGGUGCUGUACCAAUUACCAUUAGACCACCACAUCCUCAAAAUCUGAUUACGACUCUUCCAACUGUUAGAAUGAUAGUCGAUGUUUCAAAAAGUGUCAUUGUUCUCUCUAUUCAAUCCAUUAUUAAGCUUUUAAAAUCUCGAGAAGCUGCAGUUUCCAUAGAUCCUAAAACAUGGCCUCCAAUUCUAGACAUUGAUGAUAAUCCAAAGCGAAAGUUAUCAUGUAUUGCAAAUUCUCCUUUGGAUUCUACGGCGUAUUUGGAUUUUAGUGUAUCUACUUGUGGCAGAUUGAGUGGAGUGAAUAUCAGUCAUCGAUCUCUUUCUAGCCUUUGCGCCAGUUUAAAAUUGGCGUGUGAGCUAUAUCCAUCGCGACAUGUAGCUCUAUGUUUAGAUCCAUACUGUGGGCUAGGGUUUGCAAUGUGGACACUAAUCGGAGUUUACAGUGGCCAUCAUUCCAUACUAAUCGCCCCUUAUGAAGUGGAAUCUAAUCCUAGUCUUUGGCUCUCAACUCUUUCACAGCACAGAGUGCGCGAUACCUUUUGUUCUUAUGGUGUAAUAGAGUUGUGUACAAAAGCUCUAAGUAAUUCCAUUCCACUAUUGAAGCAGAGAAAUAUUGACUUAAGAUGUGUUCGUACUUGCGUAGUCGUAGCAGAGGAAAGACCCCGUGUACAAUUAACUCAACAGUUUUGCAAAUUGUUUCAGGCCUUGGGUUUGAACACACGAUGUGUAUCAACCUCAUUUGGUUGUCGAGUUAACCCAGCCAUAUGUGUACAAGGAGCUAGUUCAGCAGAAAGCGCACAGGUUUAUGUUGACUUACGAGCUCUUAGAAACAACAGAGUUGCACUUGUGGAACGUGGAGCUCCAAACUCACUUUGUCUUAUAGAAUCUGGGAAGUUACUACCUGGAGUAAAAGUAAUUAUUGCAAAUCCUGAAACAAAAGGGCAUUGUGGCGAUUCUCAUUUGGGCGAAAUUUGGGUGCAAUCACCUCAUAAUGCUAAUGGCUACUACACUAUAUAUGGCGAUGAGACAGAUUACAACGACCACUUCAAUGCGAAACUUGUGACUGGAGCAACAACUGAAGUUUAUGCGAGGACUGGAUAUUUGGGAUUUUUAAGACGAACCGAGUGUUCGCAAUCUGCUUCUAUUUUAGAUGAAACUACUCCAAGCAUAGCAAGUCGCGAUAGUGAUAAUGAUUCACUGAAUUCUUUAAAUCAGUCACAUGUUAAUUUGGCAUCAAAUGCGAUUCAAUUAGGAGAUCAGCAAUCAAAUGAUCAAGAACAACAUGAUGCAGUAUAUGUAGUGGGAGCACUAGAUGAAGUUAUAGCAUUGCGUGGAAUGAAUUAUCAUCCCAUUGACGUUGAGAAUUCAGUUUUAAGAUGCCACAAAAAAAUAGCAGAAUGCGCUGUGUUUACAUGGACAAAUUUACUGGUAGUUGUCGUGGAACUGGAUGGAAAUGAAUCAGAAGCUCUAGAUCUAGUUCCUCUUGUCACAAAUACUGUAUUAGAAGAGCAUCAAUUAAUAGUUGGAGUAGUAGUUGUCGUAGAUCCUGGUGUUGUACCAAUAAACAGCAGGGGAGAAAAGCAACGAAUGCACCUACGGGACGGAUUUUUAGCAGAUCAAUUAGAUCCUAUAUAUGUUGCUUAUAAUAUGUAAAUAAAAUUUCUUAUACAUUUAUAUUGUAAUUCCAUUAUUUAUAUAAUUUACAACAAAAAAUGCAUACAUACAUAUAUACGUACUAAUAAAUUAACAAAUUAUAAAUUAUUAAAUAUGCCAGCAUAUUUAUACGAUGCAAUAAAAAUUAAAAGAAAAACUUAGUUUAAAAA